AUGGUCAGAAUGGCUGGCGGCUUGAGGUUGCGAUUCCUCCAUGCAAGCCUUGUUUGGCUUCUCUUUGCCCAGGCAUUGGCAGCCACAAACACGCCAAGCUCCACGGCACUACAGCAGGCAAGAGAGUGCAUGCUUCUAGGUGGACAUCUCGACCUCUUUAGGGACCAUGGUGUUGAGCCGCACGUGCCACAGUGUAUCUACACGGACUGCCCCCAGGGAUCUGAAAAGAUGCUCCUCAUGCGCGAUGUGCUGUGGCGGGACUAUCCGCUCCAGCAUUUUACGCUGCAGAAGAGUUCGGAGGGCCCGCUGGUGACUCCGUACGGCGGAGUCCUACAAGCUGCCGCCAUUGACAGCGGUUACAGGUGGGACUUCUUUAUGGCUGUUCGUGUCCACACCUCUCGAAUAGACCCAGGGGACCCAAAGUACUUGGAACUGAUGGCCCUCCACCCGUCACCGCUUCUAGAGGCAACCGGGUGGAGCGAUGGGAUUCAUGUUUUUGAGAUUGUCCAGCACAAGACAUCACAAGUGCCACCAUUGAGCAGUUUGUCUUCUGCCUUCAAAAUUCGUGGCCAUGCUUGGGGUGAGGAGCCACCAACUGAUCUUCCCGAUGGAGGUUCUUCAAACCCUACUGGAUCUGGAGGUGACCCCAAAAAUUCAGGAAACAUUCUCCAAACGACUGCUCACCCUUCCAGGUCCGACAUGGAUGCCAGCACUACAGGAGUUGCGGAGGAAACAUCACCCGUCCCAGCACCUGCUGGCUGCGAGUGCCGAACUGCUUGGCUGGGUGAUGGCUUUUGUGACGAUAUCUGCAACAACGAAGUUUGCGGAUGGGAUAGAGGCGAUUGUGGACCUGUGCCAAGUCAAGCCCAGUUCUGGCCUGAUUUAAUCUCGUUUGACUCAUUUGUAUUAAUUUCUGAGAACUGUGCAAGACCCUCUGGCCGACUCUGA